GGUGCCGUCAGUCGGUCUGUGUCGUUAUUACUGACCGUGACUCGUUCGCAGUUUAACGAGUUUAACGUUAUCGAACCCUGAUUACCGGAAACAUGUCGCACACCGUCGUCACCACGACAUCCACCACCAGGACUUCCGGUGACAGCGUCUUCAACGCGGGCUACACCCGGACCAUCCCGGGUCUGCUGAAGAUGGGACAGAUGCUCGCUCUGCUCAUCACCUUCCUGUGUGUCCGCUGUGCUCGCGGCUGGCCCAGCUGGGCGGCGUUCCAGUUCUUUGAGGUGGUGACGCUGUGGUUCCUCGUGGCCUUCCUCGUCUUCUUCCUCAUGCACCUGUUCAGGCUGCAGGCCAAGAUGCCGUGCAUCAACUGGCCUCUGACGGAGUUUUUCCAUUACUCCGUCGGCACCGUCCUCAUCCUCAUCGCCUCCAUCGUGGCUGCGGUGAACAGUGGGUCUGUGUCUGCACUGGUGGUGGCAUCGGUGUUUGGCUUCAUAGCCACGUUCCUGAUGGCCGUGAGUCUGUGGACGUCCUACAGUGUGACCUGUGGUCCUCACCCCACAGGUUCCACUGUGUAAGACAUGGUCUCUAAGCAAACCGACGUUCAGCUCAGCAGACACCUGGAUGGUUCACCUGAUCCUAACUCAGAGGUAACUAGUGCUGAUCCAGGACAAGCGUCGAUUUCAACCAUUGAAAUGUAAAUAUAUUCUGUUUGCCACUGAAUCUUCUCAAACCUCUGACGUCACAUGAAAAGGUGCCGAGUCUCACAUUUCAACCAUCGAUUGUAUCAGUGACACGUUUGAUAAUCUCACUUUUCAUAUUAUUGUCACGACUACAUUUCCCAUCAUCCCUGCUGCUUCCCGCCUGAAACAGGUCGACAUGUUUAAAGAUCUUUUUUUUCUCGUGAGCUUCUCGUUGCUCAUCAGCUGUGAGCGUCUAUAGAACAGCGCCCUCUUCCUGUUGUGUGUCCUCCUGACAGCUAGCUUGAUUUGUUCAGGUUGGUUUAACGUCCAGUGUUUCACGUCCUCCGCUCAGCGACAUCCGUUCAGAGCGACUCUUUUAAAAUCACUUUUCACAAUGAUGCACAGUAUAGCCCUGUUAGCCUGCGAUGCUAAUAUCGCUAGCACACCAAAAUAUCUGCCUUGUCAUUCUGGUGUGCUAAUAACUAUUACAAGCAGAAAUUUUAUAGAAAAAAGCUUGCAUGCUAAUGACUUUGUUAGCAUGCUAAAACAUUACUCAGGGGCUAAUACACACGUGUGCUAAAAACUAAAGCAUGCGAAAAAGUCUUAUGAUAUGAAAUAGUGAAAAAUAAAACAGCAGCAUGCUAACAAGGCUACAAACAAAACCUGGAUUAAGAAAGUUUCUUUUACUUAUUGUCAACAUAUUUGAUGUGCAGAAUCAAACCAACGACAUAUUAUCUACUAACGAGUCUGAAAGGCCGUGGACUCGUCUACAAAUCGCUCCUUCAGCCACGAGCUGAUUGGUCGUUGGUUCUCGAGCUCGUCAGGGGAGAAAUUAGCUGCUGUGGAAAUCUGUUGCACAGAAACAUACAUGUUAAAGAAUAUGCACAAAAUAAUUAAAUGUACCAAAUAUCAAUCCAAAGGAUUUUCAGAUUAAUAUCAUGAUGUAAUGGACCAAUGAAAGGUCUGGAUCAGAAACAUUCAUAUCUGGAUUAUUAAACAGGUUCACCUGAAUAAAACGUUCACACAGAGGAAUUAACUAUUAACCAACCAAUGUGCAGAUUAAUCAAAAGUAUUUGUGAUACUGUAUAAAUGAGUAGAACUUUAGGAUUUAGGUUUAUGAAUUUUACCAGAGUUUGUAAAAUUUGUGUUUUUGCCAUUCAGGUUCCCCAGUUAUCAAAAUUAUGGAUGUUUACUCUCAUUAUUUCUGUCUCUGAGAAAAGUUUAAAAAGGAAAAUUCAUUCACACUAAUGUUUUUCUCCUGGUGCUAAAAGAAGCUCAGUGAAAAGAGUUUUCUUGAUGAUUUACUUUUCCGCCGUGUCCGGUUCAAGCCGAGCUCUGCUCUCGUGGAGACGUUAAUCUUCAGUUUACUGCCUUAACCGUCAAUCAGAUGCCAAAAAGUGAGCGUGGUGCAUCCGCUCUUCACUGAACGUGUCUUUGAUCUCCCUGUGUAGCAGCAGCGACAACACAACAAAGGGAUUUACGUCUAAUUGGAUAAAAAUCGACUGUUUCUCUUCGACUCUGUGGACGUUUACAUUUACAUGACAAAUUCUAAUGUGUUCAAAACGAGUUUAUUGUCUUCGCCUCUGGUGCAAACGAUGCAGCCUCUACACACUGGGAGAGAAGUUACCAGUCACUGGUUUGAACAAGCAAUCCAGUUACUCAAAAGAACAAUGAUUGGAAACUCACUUACUGGUGUUAGCUUCUCCAGUUUGAGUCUUUCGAACGUCGGGUUUGUGGGAAAUUGAUCGGGAGGGGGGGGGGGGGUUGACGAUCCAGAAGCUCUCAGUGUGUAGAUGUUUAACAUCACAGGUUGCAUCACACCUGCUCAAAGCUGAUUUCUUCAGAGUAAAAACAUUUGUGCGUUUGAUGUUUGUGUGUUGGACCGAGACGUUCACACCUGCUGAGCUUCUUGUUUUUCUUGUGUCUGGACCAGUUUGACUCAUGAAGCUUGAAUCCAUUAGCGACACUUCCUGUGAGAAGCUGAAAGUUUGACCUGCUGUUGAUGAAAAUCAGAAGCUGAAGCACUUAUGUAGAAUCACUGGACAUGAAUAAUGUGUAGCUUUUAUUUUGAGAUUUGUUUUAGCAUGUUUAGAUUUUUUGUAUUUCUACUGUUAAACUUUUGAUAUAUCAAAUAUUUCCAUCAGUAUUUAGCCAGAGUUCAGUUUUGGUAUAGAAUUAUACUGUAUUUUUUAUGAAUGCAUUUUAAUUUUUUGACUUUUUAGCUAUUUGUUUUCUUUUUUAUUGCCGCCUGGAGUUGCGGAGGAAUCGGAGCAAAUUAGUUUCACGUCAGCUGACGAUAUAAACUCCGACUGUUUCCAUUGUCUUCUCCUCUCGAGGAGAAGAUGUCACCACAUGUUAGAUUCCCUCGGACUCCAGGUCCGACCAACACUGAUGUUUACAUCCGUUAUUCCUGCAUGUUUGUAUUUUCUGAUGCUUCAUGAUGCACAGUGACCGGACUUAAGGCAGUUUGUCCACUGGGAGAAAAAGGAUUCUGGGAAAUAUCCAGCCGUGUGGUGGCCUGUUAGUGCUGUUACAGUACGGCCACAGAAUGUUACGUGAUCUUAAAUGGACAUCUCACGAGAAAACAAAUGAAAUACAAAAGAAAUAAAUCUGUUAAGUGAACAAUAUUCAAAUUUUCAGUCUCUUAGAUUUCAUUUAGAUGUUAGAAAAUCUAAGAUCAACACAAACACAAGUGUUUGUGUCUUCAGGGAGCGGCUCACACCUGGUUUGUGUCAGACUCUUCAGUUCAGUGUGGACCUAAACAUCGGGUGUGAACGGUUCCUCAGACCCGGCCCAGACCAACACACAAAAAGCUUUGCUUGUAUUUUCAACAUUUGUCUAACCAGAUUUGACAAACUGCUGAGUGCAGUGGAGAUGUCCGUUCACGUCUGUGGGGUUCGAACAUCUCCGUGAACCGAACCCAGUGGACCCACAAACCCUCACAGAUCCCAUCUGGUUUCCUCCAAAGUGCCUUAAUGUUGUGUUGAGUUGUUGUUGGUCCGUUACCAAGAUGCUUCCAGUGAAGAGAGCCGUGUGGCCAGACUCUGGUGGAGAGAUGAAGAGAUGAGAAGAAGCCAUGUCCAGUGUUAUGAUCAGACGUCACAUCACAUGAUGUUUCUCAACAUUUUUUUAAAGUUUAACUACAAGUUGUGAUUUUUGUUGCAUGUUGUAAAUUAAAGGCUCAUUGCACCAAC